UUGAGGGGUGGGAGGUGUCUGCCAGCCGGUAGUGCAGGAUUGUUCUAUCGUGAGUGUUGGGUAACCUUGUGGUCAUGGAGACAGUAUUGGCGGAGGGGCUUGAUGAGGAGGAGGAGCUGGUGAGAAGGCAUCGCAAAGAGAAAAAGGAGUUGCAAGCCAAAAUUCAAGGUAUGAAGCAUGCUGUUCCCAAGAAUGACAAAAAGAGGAGGAAGCAACUCACUGAUGAUGUUGCUAAGUUGGAAGCAGAAAUGGAAAAGAAACAGAGAGAGGAACUGGAGCAAUUGAAGCUGACUUCUGAGCAGAGUAAAAUAGAUUCUGUUGCUGUUAACAUUUCAAACUUGGUUCUUGAGAAUCAGCUGCCUCGGAUAUCAAAAGCACAAAAGAGACGGGACAAAAAAGCCGCAUUAGAAAAGAAGCGGAAAGAAAGGAUAGCUGAAGCUGAAAUUGAGAACUUAUCUGGAGCUAGACAUGUAGAAAGUGAAAAACUUGCUGAAAUACUGGCAGCUAGACAGUUGGAAAUUAAACAGAUUCCAUCUGAUGGCCACUGUAUGUAUAGAGCCAUUGAAGAUCAACUGAAAGAACAGGAAUGCCCUCUGACUGUGGCUGCCUUAAGAAGUCAGACUGCUGAAUAUAUGCAAAGCCAUGUGGAAGAAUUUCUACCAUUUUUAACAAACCCUAAUACAGGAGAUAUGUAUACGCCAGAAGAGUUUGCAAAGUACUGUGAUGAUAUUAUAAACACAGUUUCAUGGGGAGGUCAGCUUGAGCUAAGAGCCCUGUCUCAUAUUUUACAAACACCAAUAGAGAUAAUACAGGCAGAUUCUCCUCCUAUUGUAGUUGGCGAAGAAUAUCCCAAAAAACCAUUAAUACUUGUAUAUAUGAGACAUGCAUAUGGUUUAGGAGAACAUUACAAUUCUGUUACGUGGUUGGUGAACAGAGCUACUGAAAAUUGCAGCUAGUUUGUAAAAUGUUGCACAACUAUGUUUUAGUACAGAAUGCUGAUAUGAGUAUUCAAACCAAGUGCUAGAUUGUUCUAAAUGUUACUGAAAAACACAGCUAUCUUAAAUCAGGUUUUAUGGCAAAGCUGCUAAUAGGUUUUUUAAAAAUGUGUCAGAAAUAAACUUUAACCAGUGUUCCCUAAGUGAUAUUUUAAAAACACAAGUCCAUUGUGGAGAACAUCAUUUAUAGACCAAGAUGCAACCUUAUUUGCGGAUGUUUUUAUUAAUAUAGGAUCUCGAAUAUUCUGUUGAAAUAAAUCUUAAGUGUUUUACUAAAAGCUGUCAGUGCUAUUUCAGUGUAAUUUUUCUUGAAGAAAUGACUCAAUCUCUUUGUCAUUGCAGUAAUGUGAUGGUGAUAGCAAAUUUAAUGCUUAUGAAUGAACUUGACUGCAGUAACUUUGGUAUUGAUGGAAUUAAUUCUGCGAAGUUUUUUAAAAAUAACCCCAUCAAAGUGCAGCUAAGAAGCUUGCUUUAAUGAUUAAGAAUUUAAAAAUAUUUUUUCAUAUGGGAAUCAGUUGUUAAGUUUUAAGAAAUGAGACAAAUUCAAAGGUAAAUAGAUGAUGUUCCCUGUCAGAUUUAAACCUCUAAAGAAUUAACAAUUAGCCUUUUAUUUGUGUGUAAC